AUGGAAGUGCAACCUGAGGGGGAAAAUCCUCAUAUGCAGGAGUUGUUACAGAGGCUCCAGGCACUCCAAAUUAAGUAUGAAGAUCAGCUCUGCAUAAAUUCAGAACAGCAGCAGAGACUGAGAGAGAAGGAUGAGAUGAUCGCGCAGAAAGUCGAGUUUGGCAGAAAGCUGCAAGAUAUUCUAGCAAAAACCAUGGCGGAGAAAAGUGCUCUGGAGGAGUUAUCACCAAAGCUCCAGGUGCUCCAAAUUAAGUAUGAAUAUCAGCUCUGCAUAAAUUCAGAACGACAGCAGAGACUGAGAGAGCAGGAUGAGAUGAUCAUGCAGAAAAACCAAGAGCUAGAACAAGCUUUUGAAGACAAAGAGGCCGUCAUCGAGUUUGGCAGAAAGCUCCUUAGACAGAAGGAUGAGGAGAGGGAGGCAUUAAUACAAUCUGGCAGACAAAGGGUCAAUGAUUAUGUGGGAGACCUGUACCGGCAUAAUGAACAUUUACAGGCCUAUUCCAGAGAGGCAUACUCCACUGCUGAACAUUAUCGGGCCUUGGUAGAGGAGUUGUCACCAAAGCUCCAGGCGCUCCAAAUUAAGUAUGAAUAUCAGCUCUGCAUAAAUUCACAACAGCAGCAUAGACUGAGGGAGCAGGAUGAGAUGAUCGUGCAGAAAAACCAAGAGCUAGAACAAGCUUUUGAAGACAAAGAGGCCGUCAUCGAGUUUGGCAGAAAGCUCCUUAGACAGAAGGAUGAGGCGAGGGAGGCAUUAAUACAAUCUGGCAGACAAAGGGUCAAUGAUUAUCUGGGAGACCUGUACCGGUAUUAUGAACAUUUAGAGGCCUACUCCAGAGAGGCAUACUCCACUGCUGAACAUUAUCGGGCCAUGGUAGAGGAGUUGCGAGAUAUUCUAGCAAAAACCAUGGCGCAGAAAAGUGCUCUGGAGGAGUUGUCACCAAAGCUCCAGGCGCUCCAAAUUAAGUAUGAAGAUCAGCUCUGCAUAAAUUCAGAACAGCAGCAGAGACUGAGGGAGCAGGAUGAGAUGAUCGUGCAGAAAAACCAAGAGCUAGAACAAGCUUGUGAAGACAAAGAGGCCGUCAUCGAGUUUGGCAGAAAGCUCCUUAGACAGAAGGAUGAGGAGAGGGAGGCAUUAAUACAAUCUGGCAGACAAAGGGUCAAUGAUUAUCUGGGAGACCUGUACCGGUAUUAUGAACAUUUAGAGGCCUACUCCAGAGAGGCAUACUCCACUGCUGAACAUAAUCGGGCCUUGGUAGAGGAGUUGAAAGAUAUUCUAGCAAAAACCAUGGCGGAGAAAAGUGCUCUGGAGGAGUUGUCACCAAAGCUCCAGGCGCUCCAAAUUAAGUAUGAAGAUCAGCUCUGCAUAAAUUCAGAACAGCAGCAGAGACUGAGGGAGCAGGAUGAGAUGAUCGUGCAGAAAAACCAAGAGCUAGAACAAGCUUUUGAAGACAAAGAGGCCAUCAUCGACGCUGCUGAACAUAAUCGGGCCUUGGUAGAGGAGUUGCGAGAUAUUCUAGCAAAAACCAUGGCGGAGAAAAGUGCUCUGGAGGAGUUAUCACCAAAGCUCCAGGUGCUCCAAAUUAAGUAUGAAUAUCAGCUCUGCAUAAAUUCAGAACGACAGCAGAGACUGACAGAGCAGGAUGAGAUGAUCAUGCAGAAAAACCAAGAGCUAGAACAAGCUUUUGAAGACAAAGAGGCCGUCAUCGAGUUUGGCAGAAAGCUCCUUAGACAGAAGGAUGAGGAGAGGGAGGCAUUAAUACAAUUUGGCAGACAAAGGGUCAAUGAUUAUGUGGGAGACCUGUACCGGCAUAAUGAACAUUUACAGGCCUAUUCCAGAGAGGCAUACUCCGCUGCUGAACAUUAUCGGGCCUUGGUAGAGGAGUUGCGAUAUAUUCUAGCAAAAACCAUGGCGGAGAAAAGUGCUCUGGAGGAGUUGUCACCAAAGCUCCAGGCGCUCCAAAUUAAGUAUGAAUAUCAGCUCUACAUAAAUUCAGAACAGCAGCAGAGACUGAGGGAGCAGGAUGAGAUGAUCGCGCAGAAAAACCAAGAGCUAGAACAAGCUUUUGAAGACAAAGAGGCCGUCAUCGAGUUUGGCAGAAAGCUCCUUAGACAGAAGGAUGAGGCGAGGGAGGCAUUAAUACAAUCUGGCAGACAAAGGGUCAAUGAUUAUCUGGGAGACCUGUACCGGUAUUAUGAACAUUUACAGGCCUACUCCAGAGAGGCAUACUCCGCCGCUGAACAUAAUCGGGCCUUGGUAGAGGAGUUGCGAGAUAUUCUAGCAAAAACCAUGAGGCAGAAAAGUGCUCUGGAGGAGUUGUCACCAAAGCUCCAGGCGCUCCAAAUUAAGUAUGAAUAUCAGCUCUGCAUAAAUUCACAACAGCAGCAGAGACUGAGAGAGCAGGAUGAGAUGAUCAUGCAGAAAAACCAAGAGCUAGAACAAGCUUUUGAAGACAAAGAGGCCGUCAUCGAGUUUGGCAGAAAGCUCCUUAGACAGAAGGAUGAGGCGAGGGAGGCAUUAAUACAAUCUGGCAGACAAAGGGUCAAUGAUUAUCUGGGAGACCUGUACCGGUAUUAUGAACAUUUACAGGCCUACUCCAGAGAGGCAUACUCCGCUGCUGAACAUUAUCGGGCCUUGGUAGAGGAGUUGCGAGAUAUUUUAGCAAAAACCAUGGCGGAGAAAAGUGCUCUGGAGAAGCACGUGCAGACGUAUUGGUACGCGCAGACCUAG